AUGGGGAUCCUUUGGCCGAAUCAGAUCAUCCGCUUUCUCUGGCUUCUGCUCUUCAGCCUGGCGGUGGUGCUCUCCAAAGUAUCCGAAAGCCGAGGCGUUCUGGAAAGUGUCCAGAAAUUCUCUUUGCUGCCAACGUACCUGCCGGUGAGUUAUCACAUCCACAACGCAGACAUCUCCUUCUUCCUCAAAGAAGCCAACCAAGAUAUAAUGAGGAACUCCAGCCUUCAAUCCCGGGUAGAGUCCUUCCUCAUCUACAAAGCCAAGAGGCCACCCACCUUAAAUGCGACCUACGGACCUUUCUCCGUCGAGCAAGCAGUCCCUCAGGACCUGCUGUCCCCUGCCAACCUCUUCAGAUCCUCCUCCGUGCCCAGGAUAUCAUUCAACUGGAAGUUGAAGGCCUACAUCUUGAACCACAAGGUUUACCCGAGCAGGCCCAAAGUCCAGGUUCUCUUCUAUGUCGUCGGGAGGGAUUGGGAUGAUUACAGUGUCUCGGAGCAGCUACCUUGCUUGAGGGUCUUUGCCUUCCGGGAGACGAGAGAAGUCCGGGCCACCUGCAGGCUGGCCGAAAGCCUGGGAUUCUGCAUGGCUGAAUUGGACUUACUGCCCAGCUGGUUCAACCCUCCCACCAUGGUGUCCGGCCGCAAGAAGUUCCUGAAUCAGUCAGAAGGGAAUCAAGUGGAAUUAUACUAUGCCCUUCACGAUGAGAAUGGAGAUUGUACCAAGGAGGACCUGAGAAGGAAUAAUGAAGUCAGAGCUGCACGUAAUGACGUUGAUGAAUCGGGGCCGCCCCUGGAAAGGAUUGGAAGUGUUUUUCUUUACCAGGCUCGAGGGAACCCCCCCUUAAGCGAUCUGUGGCUGGAUAGUAACGUCGUACUUCAGUACCUACCGAAGACCCUGAAGCAAGGAGAAGUAUUGACUUUCGUGGUGUCCAUGGCUAAAAACUCAACCCAGGACCAAUUCACAUUGAGGGUAAAGGUGAAGAGAGGGGUGAAAAUUUUCAGCAUCCGAGCCAGCAACCCGUACAUUUGGGAAGUUCAAAAGAGCGUGGAUUAUCUCGGGAAGAAUUCCCCGGCAGUGAUAUUUUGCCAGAGAAAAACAGCUGGAAAAAGCACGUCUCCUUUUUCCUCCGAGAUCCUGCAGAUGGAUUUUGAGAUGGAAGCUCUCAGCGAAUUGCAAGGAAUGCAGUUUGUUACGUGGCAGGUUGAAUAUCCCGGAGGAAAGACAUCUGACCUCAGCAUCUCCAAGAUUUAUGUCAGCCAGAAGGAUCUCGUUGGCAUUCUUCCCUUAGCUAUGGUAAGGAACGUAGGUGGACACGUGGGCCAAAUGAGCCACCAUACUGGUACGGUGGUCACUGCUCCCGACUACUACCGGUAUGGCUGUACUGGGCCGUACCGGCUGGAACCCACCACUGCUUACAAUGCUUUGGAAGAGCAGGGGAAUUCAGAAGAGUAG